AUGACCCUGUCUGAAAAACAAAUAGAUCAAGUUAGGACUAAAGUUCAUUACAGUGAAGUAGACACCCCUUUCAACAAAUAUUUAGACAUCCUAGGGAAAGUAACUAAGUUGACAGAAAGCAUUAUAAAUGGUAAUCUAUCCAAUGAUGAUAGUAAGACUGAGGCAUUGACUGUGCAAAACGUUUCACAAAUGAAGGAAAGUAUACAGCUUCGAUUUUUAGAUCUUCAAUCCUCAAUUGACACAAGAAAAGCAGCAGAUGAAAAUUGGGAAACAUGUCAACAAGAGACAUUGGUUAAAUUGGGAAAUUUGGGAAGUAAACUGCCUAUUAUAAAAGGCAUCCAUAGCAAACUGCUUCUACGCAUCGGGAAACUGCAGGGCCUUUAUGAUUCCGUCCAAGUAAUCAACAGAGAGGUAGAAGGCUUAUCAGAGGGACGUACAAGUCUUGUGGUAACACGUUCGGAAUGGGAGAAAGAACUUGGCAGUGACCUGGUCGACUUUUUAAUCGAAAAAAACUAUUUGAAACUGGUUGAUUCAGGCCUGAAAAAAAAUACCACAGAGGAGAGAUAUCGCGUUUACGAUGACUUCUCUAAAGGCCCAAAAGAAUUAGAAAGUAUUAAUAUAUCAAUGAAAUGCGAUAUAGAAAAAGUAAGGCAGGAAGUGUCGUCUUAUAAAGACAAGUGGCUGAGAGAUGCAGAAAUAUUCGGCAAAAUAACGUCAAUUUUCAAGGAAGAACUCUUAAAAAGAGAUGGCCUGCCCGCUGAGGGAGAAGGGGAAAAUAAUGAUGAUGACUAUGUCUCAGAUGAGGAUGAAGAGAGAAAAGAGAGGUUUAAGAGACAAAGAUCAAUGGUGGAGAUGGACAGGAUACAGUCUAUGGAUGAAAAAGAAGAAAGCGUUCAUGAAUAUGUUGAUCAGGAAGAGGAAGAAAAUGAAGAGGCAGAAAAUGAAGAGGAAGAAAAUGAAGAGGAAGAUGAUAUGGAGAUGAAUAUUGAGGAAACAAAAGAGGAUACCGAAGCUGGCGGAGAAAGUGGCCAGCAAGAAGAAAAUGAUGAAACGAGAAAAGGGACCGAAGACUUUAUGCAAGAGCAGGAUGCAACUGGCGAGACAACGGAGAGAGAUGUUUACCAGUCAGCCGAGAAACAUGGCGGCAGUGCCAGUGAUUAUAGUGCGUCAUCCUCUGCUGAAGAAGUGAAAUGA